UUCGUUAGAGUGUUGUACAGUGAAGAUCUCCGACCAUCAAUUCUGGUUUUUAUUUUUUUUUAGAUUUUCGGAUUCACGCGAAAACACACAAGAACGCAAGAACCCAUUACGGAAUUAAUAUUAACCAAACCAAAUAGUUUGACUCCAAAAAAAAAAAAACCAAAUAUUUAGUAAAAAAAUGAAGCUGACCUUCCUAUUGCUGUUUAUGACCAUAACCGUGAUUGCUGUUCAACUAACGACUGCAUCGCCUGUGCAAGUGGUACAAGCAUUUAACGAUGGCUCCAAAUCCAAUGAAGUAGCUCGACAACAAACAGUCAGCGCGGCCGCUGCUCCUGUCGCCCCCGUUGAAGACGACGACGAUGAUGAUGACGACGAUGACGAUGAUGACGAUUUGGACAUUCUAGACGAUGAUGACGAUGAUGAUGAUGAAGAAGGAGACGAUGAUGACGACGAUGACGAUGACUACCUCGAACGAUUCUUCGAUGACAUUCUUGGCGAAGACGAUGACGACGAUGAAGAUGAUGAUAUAAGCCCAUCGACUGGUUUGGUACAACAGCCAGCUGCUAGCGUACAACAACCAGUACAAGUGGCCACAAAUGUGGUCGAAGAAUCAGCAGCCGGAGGUGAAUAUUACCCAGUGGAGGACAAUUAUAACGAAGAAGAAAACACUGUCGGUGUUGAGGUAGAAAAUAUUCAAAAUGGUGUCGAUUUAACAGCCGAUUCAGCGUUGAAAGAUCAAGCAAAUGAAGUGCAAGCGGUAGCCGCUGCUGCUCAACCAGCCGUGCAACAAGUCGCUAGCGCUGCAUCAUCCGAUGACGAUGACGACGACGAUGAUGAUGAUGACGAAGAUGAUGUAACCGACUUUGAAGAAGCCCUGGAAGAUGAUGACGAUGACGAUGACGACGAUGAUGAUGACGACGAAGAAGAGGAUAUCCUUGGCGAAGAUGCUCUUGAAGCCCGUGGACGGAAAGCACGCGCCACACAUGAGCUGGCCACACCGGCAAAUUCCACUGAAGAAACGGAAAAAUCGGCUACACCCGAGAUUAUCAAUACGGCCGAUGUACUGAACGGUAUAACACCAACGCCGCAGCUUGCCGCAAAAAAUGAAGAUGUUUCAGCUCCGGUCGCAGCUACCACACCGAACAACAUACCCGAUGCACUCGUCUACAAAUACAAUCGCUACUGUGAUCGCAUCUACGAACGCAUUGGAGCCAUUCUCAAGCAAUCAUUCGAUCCGGUCAACGUGCGGUUGUCAACAUCGAUCACAGCCAAACAAGGUGUUAAGAAGAACGGACAAAAGAAGAAGAAGAAGAGCAUCCAUGAGCUGGGCCGCAGCCAAGAUGGAAGCAUCAAUGAGUCUGAACCAAAAGCACGAACCGAUUGCGUUGGAUCAAAUCAAUCGAAAGAAUGUUCUGUCGCUGCCAAAACCCAACAGAAAACGGUUCAACCAGCUUCGGUUGCAGGAACAACGGCAACUGGUGGCACUCAUAAAUUGAGACAGGGCCAUCCACAACAACACAAAACCACACAAGUACGCCGCAAAGUAAAUGUCACCAAACAAAAGGCACCGGUCAAAUCCGAUGCAAAACCCCAGCCGCAAGUGAUAAAUAGAGCUCGUGGAACACUGCAUGGCCUCUCCACCAUCAAACGACACGGAAAUGUUCGCGUCACCCCAAUGACAGAAUACCUAUCCGUGCGCUCGAAUUUCGUACUCGGUCCAUUGGUUUUGAAAGUGGAAAAAUCUUUUGGACGCGGUGCUAAACGAGAAACAAAACGUGCCACUGCUACAACUACCCAAAUGAUUGGUCGCAUCAAUUUGCGUGUGAUCGGCAAUAAUGUCUCACUUCAUUCGAUCAAAGUUCAACAGCCGAAACAGGUGAAGGUGGAUAGUGCCGAUAAUCAUGAUCGCACCCGUAAAUUUGUGUGGCAAAAGAGUUCGCACAUCGCUCAGGUUGUGUCACAGAAAUUGGCGUCCGUUGCCCAGGCAUUCCUUCAACAAUCAACUGAAGAAGCUUAAGAUGCUCAUUUGUUUCGGUUUGCGAUAGCAAAUCAACCAACCAAUAGACACAUAGUAAUACCUAAUGAAGAGCCUGAGUAUUUCUAAGAUAACAUUUAAAUAUGAAACAAAGAACAACAACAACAAAGCUUCGUUACUUUUGACCAGUAAUUUUCGGACUUCCUCAUCAAAUUGUGUCGUUUUUCUUUCGUUGUUUCCAAACAACUGUUGAAAAAAAUCGUUAAUGUUUGCGGUUAAAACGUAUUUUUUUGAUUAUUCAUUGCAUUUAAGAGUAACUCGUAGUAUCAAACUCAUUUUUCCAACAGAAAACAAAACAACAACAACAACCGUUUUGUUCAUUAAUUUAUUUAAAAAAAAAAACUUAUUUAUUUA